GUUCGUUUCCCUCGGUGCCUCUCUCGCGAAUAAAAAAAAUUAGAAUAUUUUUUUUUACGAGUUUAUGACCGUGCUGUGGAUAAACGGCGAUUUUUAUUUAUUUAAAAAUACAGCCAAUAUUUAUACAAGAUACAUAUUAUUUUAUAUGAGUGUUCAAACAUAGAGUACACCCCUCCCCUCAACAAAAACAUUAUUGUGCGUAAAUAUAUAGAAAAAAAUAUUUUAACCAAUGUUCAUUAUUUUUAGGAUAUAAUCACAUCGUUCUUUACAAUCUUUCUAUAAUGAGACUAUUACAACUAUUUUGGUCAAGUAGUUUACGGGGUCAGAGUACAAGGCAAGCUCACAGAAAGUAUAGCAAAGUGUUGGGCAUCGAGACUAGUUGUGACGAUACCGGAUGUGCAAUAGUGGACAGUAACAGAAAUAUUCUCGGUGAAUACUUACAAUCUCAACAGCAAAUCCACCUUGAUUUUGGGGGUAUUAUUCCACCAGUGGCCAGAGAUUUGCACAUGCAAAACAUUGAUAAUGUUGUAACCCAGGCAAUGCAACAAGCUCAAGUUAAUUUGAACGACUUGGACGCUAUUGCUGUUACUGUUAAACCCGGUUUGCCUUUGUCACUAUUAGUUGGUAUGAAUUAUGCUAAGGAAUUGUGUAAAAAAUCAUUGAAGCCUUUGAUACCAAUUCAUCACAUGGAAGCACAUGCCUUGACUGCAAGAUUAGUUGAUCAUAAUUUACAGCUACCAUUUUUAGUCUUACUUUUAUCCGGUGGACACUGUUUGUUGGCUAUAGCAAAAAGAGUAAAUGAAUUUCUGCUUUUAGGACAAUCUAUUGAUGAUGCUCCCGGUGAAGCAUUAGACAAGGCAGCGAGGCGACUUAAGUUGAAAAAUAUGAAAGAGUUUAGAAAUUGUGCUGGAGGCCAAGCAAUUGAAAAAGCAGCAUUGAAAGGUGAUCCUAGGGCUAUUGAUUUGGGUACAUUCAUGACAAGCUACAAAGACUGUAAUUUCAGUUACUCCGGCUUGAAGAAUGCUAUAAGAUCUCAAAUCCUAAAAUCCGAAAAAAAGCACGAUUUGAAAGGAGAUGAAAUUAUCCCUGAAGUUUUCGAUUUGUGUGCUAGCAUUCAAUAUGCUGUUACUAAACACAUAUGCACUCGAGUACAAAGGGCUAUUGAAUUUAUUGACCGAACACAACUCUUACCAGACACAAACCGAACACUGGUAGUUUCUGGUGGUGUAGCAAGCAACAUGUUUAUACGAAAACAUUUGAAUUAUAUGUGUGAUGAAAUGAAUUUUAAACUAAUAGUUCCACCACCUAAACUUUGUACAGAUAAUGGAAUAAUGAUAGCUUGGAAUGGCAUAGAAAAAUUUAAUGAAAAUAUAGAUAUUUUCAAUCACAUUGAUUUAGAUAAAAUUGAUAUACAGUCAAAAGCACCACUAGGGAAGAACAUUUCAUCACAAAUUACUGAUAUGGCAAUAAGAUGUCCUUCUGGGUUUUUCAAUAAAAUAUUUGAAGAACACAGAUAAACAAUAAUAUUUUAUUUACUUAAAGGUUUUUAGUUUUAUUUUAGAUAAUAAUAAAAUAACAAUUGUUUAAUAAGUUAAUAAUGUUACAUGACAAAUUUAAUAGAACUAGAAAUGUCUUAAACUUAACAGAUUUUGGAAUCCAAUAACUUUAUU